AUGUUCCGCUUCUUCGAUCUACCCGCUGAGCUGCGGAGCGCCAUCCUCGAACAUAUCCUCGUCUCAGAUUGCGGUAUCAUCUUGCGCAGCGAGACGUCGUCCCGCCUGCCUUUUGGAAAUCUACAGUCGGCAUUGAACGUAUUCGUGGUCUGCAUGCAGAUGUAUCAGGAGGCGUCGGCCAUCUUCUACACGCAAAACCGCUUCAUCCUGAAUGCGCAGAGUCACCGCCUACCUUCCCAUCUCACUAGCCCAGGAGGCUUUCUCAGUCCGCAGGGCCAGGACGCAAGGAGACGAGUCCAUGGCAUCACUCUGUUCCUGUCCCGCGUUGGCGGCGAGUUCGGGGACGUACUGGGUCCUGCGCUCUCCGAUAUGGUCUUGUGCGGCAGUCUGCGCGAGCUCAAGCUAUGCAUUGGAGCGCCUCCGAGCCUCCACCCCUCGAGGACGUCAGACAUGGACCUAGUACAGAGGCCACCGUUCCAAGCGCUUCUGCGACUGCUAUCGGAUCCGUACCUGGAAGUCGUCGAGCUGCUGGUAUGGAAGGUGCAUUGGGCUUUCCUAUGCCCGUUUCAUCGCAAGGGAGACAAUUUAACUGGCGAGGGUCCCAACAGUGAAUCUGUAGAUGACCUUGGUCUGGCUACAGUACGGCAAGGUCCAGAAUGGGUGCCUGUGGAUUGGAAGAGUAUGGUGGCAUCGCUCGGCACUGGGCAGCAGAUUGUCAGAAUCGGAGAAAGAGGCUUCUAG